AGAAAAAAGUGUUUGCGUCAAAAGAUAAAAAAUCUUUAUAUUGCAAAAAAAUAAAACAAAGAGAAAAAAACAACAAAAUUGAAUUGAAAGCCCUAACUUAGGUCUUCUUCUACUUCUUCUUCCUCCGUCGCAGUCGCAGCACAAGGGUGGUUGCACUCAACGAACCUCAACCUUCAUAAACCCUUGCGGCAUCGUUGUUAUCGUAAUCGUAAUCAGAAUCUUUGAUGGGGAAGAAGAAGAAGAGAGUUGCUUCAAAGGUUUGGUGUUAUUACUGCGAUCGAGAAUUCGACGAUGAGAAGAUCUUGGUUCAGCAUCAGAAAGCUAAACACUUUAAGUGUCAUGUUUGUCAUAAGAAGCUUUCAACUGCUGGUGGCAUGUCCAUUCACGUUCUUCAGGUCCACAAGGAAAACGUCACCAAGGUGCCAAAUGCGAAACCUGGAAGAGAGAGUACAGAUAUUGAAAUAUAUGGAAUGCAAGGGAUUCCACCAGAUGUCUUGGCUGCUCAUUAUGGAGAUGAAGAUGACGACGUUCCAUCAAAGACAGCCAAGGUGGAUAUCCCAUCAACCCCAUUUGUAGGUGGAAUGGCGCCACCACCUAUGGGUGCCGGAUAUCCUCCGCGACCAACCUUGGGCCCAAUUCGACCAGUUUAUAAUCCUGCUCUACCAGUACCUCCUAAUGCCUGGGGAGUGGUUCCACCUCGACCGCCUCAGCCAUGGUUUUCCCAGCCUCCAGCUGUUUCAAUCCCCCCUUCUGUUCCAUAUGCACAGCAACCAUUAUUUCCUGUGCAGAAUGUGAGGCCUCCACUGCCAUCAACUAAUUCUCCUGCACCACACAAUCAGAUUACUCCGCCUGGACUGCCUACAUCCACAGCUUCUGUCCCAGUUUCACAACCUUUAUUUCCUGUUGUUGGAAAUAACCACACGACAACUCAAAGUUCACCAUUUUCUACUACACCUCUGUCUUCAGGUGUUCCAUCAAUUACUCCCAUGCUUUCUUCAAAUGUCCCUUUUGACGCACAUUUGGGCAUCAACUCUUCCGUGACAAGUAGUUAUCAAGCAUUUGGGCUUCCAGGCGGGAUAGCAAGUAACUCACAUUCUUAUGCUUCUGGCCCAAAUACUGGUGGUCCUUCAAUUGGACCUCCCCCAGUAAUUUCAAACAAAGCUCCUGCUUCUCAGCCUGCCACUAAUGAAGUCUACUUAGUUUGGGAUGACGAGGCAAUGUCCAUGGAGGAAAGAAGAAUGUCUUUAACAAAAUAUCAGGUGCAUGAUGAAAGUAGCCAGGUAAGUCAUACUACCUCUUUAUUACAUGGAGUUGCUUUCACAUCUAACCAGAUGAGUAGGCUUUAUGCUUUCUGUUUUCAGAUUCAGUUGUUUACACAUAUUAAAAGAGGUACAUUAUGUAUAAAUUUCCAAUCAUUUCUAAAAAAUCAAUGGCAAAGGGAAAAGAGUAUGCUUUAUGCUUUUUGUUUUCAGACUCAAUUGUUUACCCACAUUAAAAGAGGUGUAUUCUCUAUAAAUUUCCAAUCAUUUUAAAAAAAUAAAUGGCAAAGAAAAAAAAGUAAGCUUUAUGCUUUCUGUAUUCAGAUUCAGUUGUUUACACAUUAAAAGAGUUACAUUCUGUACAAGUUUCCUAUCAUUUAAAGAAAAUAAACGGCACGGAAAAAAUGAUCAUUUAAUCCCCCCUUUUGCUUCCCACCUGAAUGGAAUUACAUUUUUUAAAGGGCCACUGUCACUACAAGUUAUGCUUCCAAUUUUGUGGCCAUCUAAAGAUUAAAGUAGAUUCUAGUAAUUCCUUUUGGUAGUUAAUCAUAAUUAUAACAACAUAAUUUGUGAAGCUUGCUGCACACGGUUACUUCGUGAUCCUUCAUCCCAGCAUUUGUACACGAUAAAAGAGUAUGUAUAUGUGAUUUUUGUUGGGUUUUGUUUUACCAAUAUUAUUCUUUUUCCCCUUGCUUGAUUCGAAAGUUUGGGGUUUUGGGUGGAACAUGAUCUUACCCAACAGACUUUUGCUCAUUCGUAGCAUGAUUACAAUUUAUUUUAUGGAACAAGUGAAUUCAGACUUGGCCCAGGUCAGCUUCUUUCGCAGAGUUUGGAUCUCUUGCAUAGGACCAUGCUCCAAAAUAUCUGUUUGUUGUUGUAAUUUGUGGUCUAUGACUUUUGUUCAUCACUAUUAUCAUGUUUAUCUUGCAGAUGAGCUCCAUUGAUGCUGCCAUAGAUAAGAGGAUACUUGAGAGCAGACUGGCUGGUCGUAUGGCGUUUUAGGUCAAUCUCAUCUCAUCCAUAUACACUUGUCAAAUUUCUUCAUUGGUAUGGGCUGAAAAUGGCAUUAUAUUAAGCUUCUGACAACCAGUGUUCAACAUUCCUUUCAUUUGUGAAGUAACCUUAUUAUUGGUGCCAUUCUUUGCUAAUAUGUGCAAAUAGCCCUUCCAUCCUAUUUGAAAGGCUCUGAGGAAGAAGGUUGCAAUGGUUUUGAAAGGCUCAUCUGACAAUAUUUAAGCUAUGGAAGUUGCAGACUUAGUUUGUUUCUCUUUUCAUACUUUUUUCCCUACUUGAUAUUUGUAUUCAAAUUUUAGGACAUGAUAUUUAUACUUUAGUACCAUUUGGUGUAAUAUUUAUGGGUCUUGCUAACGAUUGCCCCCGGGGGCACUCGUUAGCAUUUGCCAAUAUUUAUUUAUAUGUCUA